AUGCAAGUUUCUUUCGUGUGUUCGGAUCACAACAUCAAGAGCCGCAGUGCCGAGGACAGGCUCAACCGGCAGAAUGCCAACAGCCCCAGCACCCGGGGCAGGUUCCGGGCCGUGGCCAUGGUGGCCCGGAGCCUGGGGCAGCUCUCCAUGCAUAAUGCCCCCUCCACCAGCGAAUCCGGCACAAAGCAGCCCGGCAUGAAGUACAGAAACCUUGGGAAGUCAGGGCUGCGAGUUUCCUGCCUUGGCUUAGGAACAUGGGUCACAUUUGGCGGGCAGAUUACCGAUGAGAUGGCGGAGCAGCUCAUGACCCUGGCCUACGACAACGGCAUCAACCUCUUCGACACGGCAGAAGUAUAUGCGGCAGGAAAGGCUGAAGUUGUGUUAGGUAAUAUCAUCAAGAAAAAAGGAUGGAGACGCUCGAGCCUCGUGAUAACGACCAAAAUCUUCUGGGGAGGAAAGGCUGAGACGGAGAGAGGGCUCUCCCGGAAGCACAUCAUUGAAGGCCUGAAAGUCUCGCUAGAACGGCUGCAGCUGGAGUACGUGGACGUGGUGUUUGCUAACAGACCAGACCCAAAUACACCCAUGGAAGAGACGGUCCGAGCCAUGACGCACGUGAUCAACCAAGGGAUGGCCAUGUACUGGGGGACCUCGCGAUGGAGCUCGAUGGAGAUCAUGGAGGCAUACUCGGUGGCUCGGCAGUUCAACCUCAUCCCGCCCAUCUGCGAGCAGGCGGAGUACCACAUGUUCCAGAGAGAGAAGGUGGAGGUGCAGCUCCCAGAGCUUUUCCACAAGAUCGGUGUGGGCGCCAUGACAUGGUCCCCUUUGGCGUGCGGGAUUGUUUCAGGGAAAUAUGAUGGCGGCAUCCCCCCCUACUCACGAGCAUCGCUGAAAGGCUACCAGUGGCUGAAAGACAAGAUCUUGAGCGAGGAGGGAAGGCGGCAGCAAGCCAAGCUGAAGGAGCUGCAGGCCAUUGCGGAGCGGCUCGGCUGUACUUUGCCCCAGCUCGCCAUAGCCUGGUGUUUGCGGAAUGAAGGGGUCAGCUCGGUUCUGCUGGGAGCAUCUAAUGCAGAUCAGCUGAUGGAGAAUAUUGGAGCAAUACAGGUUCUUCCCAAGCUCUCCUCUUCAAUUGUCCAUGAGAUCGAUAGCAUCUUGGGCAACAAACCCUACAGCAAAAAGGACUACCGAUCCUAACUGGGAAUCCCGCCUGCCUGGAACUUUUCCCCGACUCCUGGCCUCUCUCCCGUUUGCUUGCUUAAGCUAUAUCGAAGCCAAGUGAAGAGUGUGGCUCGCAUCCAAGAAAAGCACAGCAUGUCCCAAAGACGCUGGAGUGAAACCAUUCUCCAAAUGUCACCAGACCAAACGUGUAGGCUUCUUAACGUAAACAUUUUUUUUCCAAAGGCAAGAAACACAGGCUGGGAAAGGGCAUGAGAAGGGUUGGGCUGGCUGCAGCUGCAGAGUCCCUCUGGUCCACGGCUCCUCAUUUCCCUCCCUGUUUUUUAUCUUCUGACAAGCAUUUGUCUGGCCGGAGAACGUGCCACAGGGAUUAAACAGCACUGGG